CGUCACAGAUCAGGAUCACUGAGGUGUCCUUGUUUCAUCACCAUGAGGGUCUUUGCAGUAAUCUUUGUGCUGGCUGUCCUCUCAGGCUGCCAUGCAAGAAGCGUGUCUCAGGAUGAGUGGAGGAAACCCUGGGAGGUCACCGUCGAGAAGUUCAAUGAUUAUUUCACAGAUCUGAACACGAGGGCCGAUGCAGUGGUGAACGACAUCAGGAGCUCCCAGAUCAGCCGAGAACUGGACACCCUGAUCCAGGACAGCAUGUCUGAGCUGGCCAUGUACAAGGACGACCUGCAGACCAAGCUGGCCCCCUACACUCAGGAGGCCGGGGAACGUCUGGCCAAGGACCUGCAGAUACUGGCCGACAAACUCCGCGAGCACAUGAACGAGGGCCGGGAGCAGAUGGAGAAGUACAUCCAGGAGCUGCAGACCAUGAUGGAGCAGAACGCAGAUGACGUCAGGGUCAGGGUCUCCACCUACAACCGCAAGCUGAAGAAACGCCUCAGCAAGGACACUCAGGAGAUCAAAAGACAAAUGUCCGAAUACCUUGAGGAGUUUCAGUCCCGUACCUCAGACAACAUGGAGGACAUGAGGAUGCGUCUGGACCCUUACUUCUCUCAGGUGCGUGACAACGCCCAGGCAAAGAUCACAACCCUGAAUGAUCUGCUGAAGUCGCAGGUGGAGAACAUGAAGGAAAAGAUUCAGACCACAGCUGAGGACAUCAAGGAGCACUUGGAGAAGACCACUGAAGACCUGCGAUCCACUCUGGAGGACAAGAUGGAGGAGCUGAACGACUGGGUCCAGCCUUUGAAGUUUUGGUAACAUGUAAACCCUGUAAUCCAACAGUCUGGACUAUCUGUUUAUCCAACAGUAUCAAUCCAUCUGUAUCAAAACCAACCUUAAAGGAUUCAUAAAUGCUCAGAUUUAAAGAAGGGAAGUCUUUAUGUCCACCACAGUCUUAAAGUUUCUCUGUCACUGAAAACCCUUCAAUAAAAACCAACUGAACAAAAUCAU